AUGGAGUUCCAGGCGAAGAGGCAGUGGUGCCACGACGCGCUGCAGGAGGGGCAGGCGACCGUCUGGAUCGACGACAUGGGGUCCCUGAACGAGUGGCUCCUGAACCAUUGCGACACCACGGCAAUCGUGCACACGAUCGCCCUCGCGCCCCGGAGGUACUCGUUCGUCACAACUUUCGAUAAGCGCGCGGUCGCUGCCAACUUGAGCCAGGCCAUCAUCAAGCUCGAGACCACCACGGUCUGGAAGGAGCUGCAGCGACAGAGCUUCGGCUGGGGCGAUUCGUGCCCCGCGACCGCCUCGACGGCCACCGACACCACGCCAGUCUCCGUCGAGCAGAUGGGUGGGCUCUUCAUCAUCACCGGCACGAUCACGGCCGUGGCCGCAGUCUGCGGCUGUGUCGAG